AUGCAUCUAAGUAGUAGGGCUAUUGGGGUGUCUGAUCACACCAUCGAUCACCUCGAAGCCCUCAUCACGGCCACUGGGGUUGUUCCGGCCGUCAAUCAAGUCGAACGUCAUCCCAUAUUGAGACAGGAUGACUUGGUUACAUACUGCAAAGCCAAGGGUAUCCAUAUAACAGCUUACUCGGCUUUUGGAAACAACAUGUUCAACUUGCCACUGCUUUUCUCGCACCAGGAGGUCAAGGACGUAGCCGAAAAGAUUUCGUCCGAAACGAAAACUCGCGUGACCCCAACCCAAGUUUUGUUGGCUUGGGCACAGCACGGUGGCCACAGUGUGAUUCCCAAAUCGGUCACCCCUGCACGAAUUGCAGAAAACUUCAAGGAAGUAGAUCUUUCGGAGGAGCACAUCAAGGCUGUAGAGAGCAUCGGCGCACAGCAGAGACGAUACAAUAUCCCUUAUAUUGCUAACAAACCUAUGUGGGACAUCAACAUUUUCGGGGACAAAGCUGAGAAGUCUGCCACUCACCGAGUGAUUGUUUGA